GGUAGUGCCUCAUUUUGUUUUUUGCCAACCGCCAAUUAACCUAAAGAAGAAGACGCUCGAACAAUGAUGGCAGUUAGUAUAGUUGUUUUGCAUAGCCUAGCGUGAUUAGUUAGUAACAUAUCGUGAAAUAAAGUCAGUUAUACACCAAUGAAAUCAUUAGACUCAGACGAGGAGGAGGCAGAGCAACUGAGUAUUUACGAAAAAGAACUGAGGCAGCGGGCCAACCAGAGUAUCCAGCAGCUGAGCAGUGCUCUGGAGCAGCUGCACCCUGAUGGAGAAGAGGUGGAGGAGGUCAGGAGGAGUGAUGGCACCAUCUUUGCCACCAUGGCAGAGGAGGACAAGGCAGCAUGGAGCCAAAAGACACAUAGCGAAGCAGUUAAUCAGCUGAAGAGCCUUCUACUCAAGCAGGGCAGAGAAAUUCCCUCUCCUCUCUCUCCAUUAAAGAAACAGUCUCCAUCCAAGAGAGUGCUACGGGAAGGAAGGUCCAGUUUGCCUGCCUUUCAAGAUUUGGUCCCCAUGAUUCAUAACCAGUCAGAGUAUAUCCAGCACUUGGAAGCUGAGGUCAAAUUCUGCAAGGAAGAGCUACAAGAGAUGAAGCAGCGGGUCAGAGUGGUGGUGGUGGAGAAUGAGAAGCUACAUUCAGAACUUAAAUCCAAAACUGUGGAUCAGUCUCUGAAAGAUUAUACAAUUCGCACCUCCACGGUGAAUGAAAGUAUGGCAGCCAACAAUCCCAUAGCCUCUAAUACAGACCACAGAAUACUGCACAGCGCAGAAGACACCACAUGGAAAAAAGAACUUGAACAGUUAAAAGUGAUCUACCAGGCCCAGAUUGACAGCUUGGAGGCACAGGUCCUCUCCUUCAGGAAGGAUUUGUUGGUCAGUCAGAAGGAGUGUGAGGAAGUGAAGGUUCGUCUGAGACACAGGGAGCAGCUGGCUGCAGAUGCACUCAGGGCUGAUGGAGCUCCACAUGUGGCAGGAUUGUGUCUGAAGUGUGCACAGCAUGAAGCUGUAUUGGCAGAGACUCACACAAAUCUGCACGUCCAGGCUAUCGACAGGCUCACAAAAGAGCGUGAUGAGUUACUGGUGGCACUGCGUGCUGUGCGGGCUAGUCAGCAGGAGGCACAACAAAGAGAGUGGUCUGCUUGUCUCCAGGUCAAACAGGCGGUCGAGAUGGCGGAAGAAGCAAAUUUGGAUAAAGCUAGGGUGGAAGUGCAGUGUGAGCAGUUGUCCAGGGAGCUGGCACGACAGAGGGAACAGCUGGAACGAGAAGCACAGGCCUUGAAGGAGAGACUGGCUGAGGCUAGAGAGGAAGGCCGGGCUGAGUUUCGCCACCAGAAGGACGAGCUGGCACAUACAGUGUCCAGCCUCUCCCAGCAUGUUGCUGAGUUGGAAGGGCAGCUAGACAGAGCUCACAGAGACAGGAACUCACUGACCAAUCAGCUGGAAGAUGCUCUUUGCAAACUUACCAGUCAGGAACAGGACAAUACCAAGGUGUUUGUGGAUCUGCAAUAUCAGCUCAGCCAGGCUCAACUGAAGAAAGGGGAGGCAGAGAGAGAGCUCAGAGAGCUCAACACUAAGACCAGCAGGCAGAUGGAAAAGGCUGCACAGGAAGUGGAAAGGCUGAGCUCAGAGCUGGUUGGCUGUCGGCAGCAUCUGGAUGUGGUCCAAAAGGACGGGAGCCAAUGGCAGGCCGAAGCCCUGGGCCUGGCGGAACAGCUGGCAAAUGCCCAGCGCCAACUGCACCUCACCAGGCGGGACGGAGAGAGUGCAGAACGGGCUCAUAAGGAGGAAAUGACAUCUGUGACCCUUUCAGCACAGGAAAGGGAGAACCAGCUGAACGUGCUGCUGCAGCAGACAGAGGCUCAACACCAGCAGAGAGUUGGAGAGUUGGAUGGUCUACUGAGUUCCCAGAAUUCCCUGAUCAGGAAGCUGAAGGAGGAGUGCUGCAAACUGGGGGUCAAACUGGAAGAGCUAACAGAGACCAGCAGAUGUGAGCUGGAGCAGCUGGGCCUGGAGAAGCAACACCUCGAGGAGACGGUAAAGAGUCUGAGAGCUCGCUGCUCCGACAUGGAGGAACAGUGUGUUCAGCACGGUCGCAUGCACCAGCGCAUGAAGGACAGGCUGCAGCAGUUGGACCGUUACUGUCAGAACAGUGCCCAGCAGGUGUGUGAGCUGCUGGCCAAACAGAACCAGCUGAUGCAGGAGAGAAACACACUCACCGAGGAGAUGCAGAACCUACGCAUUGAGCUCCCCAGCACAAAAAGAACUGUGGCUCCGUCCACGUGAGUCGGGCCGUUUCCUCCUCAUCACCUCUGCUCUGUGUGGAUCUCUAGGUUUUCACUGUGAGUAAUCUCCUGUACAACAACUUUAAACUGAGGGUGACAGGAACAUACUUUUUGUACACUGUAUAAAACUAUUUGUUAUUUGAGUUAUUAGAACUGAGACUCAUGUUUUCAUAUUAUGUUUUACUUUUGCCAGUAGUGUGUUACUGUGACUGAUGAUGUACUUAGUGGUUGGAGGUACUAGGAUGUGAGCUUUUUUUUUUAGUUGCCUAAAUUAUUGUUUCAAUACUAGGGAAGAGAAUUUUAUAUAAUCCAUGUAAUAGAAAUGUAGCACCAAGCUCCUUGAUUUGCUUUGUUUUUUCAGAAUAGAAAACCUCAAUAAUAAACAUAUAAUUGAAUUUAUACCUUUGAC